AUGGAAAUCAAAGUUCAUAAACCUUUUUGCCUCAGUUUCAGAGGGAUACAUACUUCUUUGAAGAUUCUUUGUGACAACGUUUCUGGUGCUUUUGUGCUUUCCGGAUCUCUUAACAGAUUAAUCAGCCUGGUGAGAACCAAAGUGGAUGAAACGCUCCUCAACACAAUGAUCCGGUUUUAUGAUCCUCUCCUUCAUUGCUUUACUUAUAGGGACUUUCAAUUGGUUCCCACAUUAGAGGAUUUUUCCUCCAUCCUGGGAUUACCUGUGCUUGAUCAGAUGCCAUACACUGGCAAAGAAGAGGUACCUAAGUUGGAAGAUGUAGCUGCUGCAUUGCAUUUGCCUCGAUCAGAAAUCAAAAAGGUUUGGGUGAGUAAAGGAGAAUAUACUGGUGUACCGAUUGACUUCUUGUAUAGUCAAGCUGACAUUUUAAUCAAUGCUGCAAGUAUGGAUGCUCUUGAAAAAGUCCUCGCUUGCCUAAUCUAUGGGCAAGUAUUGUUCCCUCGUUAUGACAAAAUUGUGGAUGUGAUUGCUCUCAAGAUCUUCAUUGGUAACAAUCUGAAUGAAGAAGGUUUGACUUGGGUUCAAAGAAUCAUAAGGCUUUCAUACGACGACAUCGUUUGGAACCAAAAAGAUUUUGAAGGAACUCAUCUGUUCGAUAGCUGUGGAGAUUUCCCAAAUAUACCUCUUCUUGGUACUCGAGGAGGGAUAACUUACAAUCCUAUAUUAGCUCGGCAUCAGUUUGGUUUCUCUUUGAAAGACAAGCCGCGCUCCAUAUAUCUUAGUUCGGAAAAUUUUGAUUAUGAUUCAGAUACGACCGGAAAGAAGAAGCUAUUUAUUAGAGCUUGGGCUAAAGUGAAGAAAGUAUGCAUAAAACAAUUGGGACUAAGGAACUACAUCCCUUCAGAUCUUUAUUUUAGGUGGAUUUAUGAUCGAGUUGUUGAGCAUGGUAUGCCAUAUCCAUCUGAUAUCCCUAUUGUGCCAAGGGUUACCCAUCCAAUCAUUCUUGUGGUUUUAGAGCCUUAUGUCCCCGCUCCAAAUGAAGACCUUGCUGUUACCGUUGCUUCUCUAAGAAGGGAAAAGGCGGAUCUUGAAAGGCGCUUACAUAAGGUUGAAGCUGAGAAAGCGGUUUUAGUGGCUGAUGCUAAAGAGCGAGAUGGUAUGCUUGACUAUUUCUACCGCAAAUGGAAGAUUGAGGAUUUUGUCUCUCCAAAUCAGAUACAAUCAUGGGAGCGAGAGAUUGAUAGGCUCGUCCAAGAAAGAAACGAGAUGAUCAAAACUCACAAAGUGGAAAUCAGAAGUUUAAAGAGAAAGCGCCGACUCGAAGACUGA